AUGGACGCAGGCGUGAUUGAAACAAGCAGUGGCUUUGCUGUGGACACAAUUCAAAGACUUGGUCGAUUUGUUAAAUUUCUAUUUCAUUUAUUUUUUCAAAGAAAAUUUAUCGUUCAUCGACUUGUCGGUCUUUCAUAUCUUAUACAAUAUGCUUUAUCAUUUUAUUGGUAUUUCAAAAAUUAUGAAACAUUCAAGCAUUCAUUUGUUAUAUGGAGUUUACCGUUAACUGGUCUUGUGCAAUCAAUCACAGCUGCAUUAACAUUUACAUUUUUAUCACGUACUAAAACUGACCCCGGCUAUUAUUCUGAUCGUGGAACAUUGUCAUAUGCAUUUAUAGUUGAAAAUUCAUUUUUCUCUGGUUUACUUCUUUUUCAAUGGCUUUAUUAUUCAGAUUUUUUCUAUUCCUAUAUUAACAAUUCAAUUGUCAUAGAUAAUCUUAUAGUUUUUCUACCGUAUAUUCUACGUCAACUAUGGCCUAAAACACAUUUUCGUGAUUCAUUAAAUAAUUCCGAUAAAAAUAAGACAGCACCAAACAAAAACUUCUAUUUCAUUGUAACAAUGAUAACAAAAAUGUUUUAUGUUUGGGCAAAACAUUACAUUGGCUAUUUUCUUAAUUAUGUACGAUUUUUCGAUCGUGCAAAUCCACAACAAAUUGAAUACAUUUACUUAUUAUUAGUAUUCAGCGCAUUUGCAACAACAAUAUCUGUUUUCCUACAUACAUUAAAGUUUAAAGGCUACAUAGGUCCGCGUACAUCUUACAUUAUCUAUAUGAUAUCGUAUUUAUCGACAUUUUAUUCUUUUAUACAAAUUCGAAGUAUUUUCUUCAUUCAUUAUGAUCUUACAUUAUACGUUCUAAUUGGUGUGAUAUUAAAUUUUCAAUCACUUUAUUAUCAACAUGUCUAUCAAAUAUGUCUACUUAUUCUAUUCAAUGCCCAUAAAUUUCACAUGAUUCCAUCGAAUAUCGAUCAUCGCCUGUUUUUAUACUAA